AUGAGAACUGACAACAGAGCUCCUUGUGGAACCCCCACUAGGGACUUCAUCCUUCUAGGUGUUUCUAACAAGCCAUGGCUGGAACUCCCUCUCUUUGUGGUCCUCCUGGGGUCCUACAUCCUUGCCAUGUUGGGAGACAUCACUAUCAUCCUGGUGUCCCAGCUGGAUCCCCAGCUCCAGAACCCCAUGUAUACCUUCCUCAGCCACCUCUUCCUGGACCUCUGCUACACUACCACCACAGUCCCUCAGAUGCUGGUCAACAUGGGCGGCCCCAGAAAAACCAUCAGCUACAGUGGCUGCAUGGUGUAGUACACGAUAUUCCACUGGUUGGGCUGCACUGAGUGCGUCAUCUUGGCCGCCAUAGCCCUGGACAUCUGUGAGGCCCUGUGGUACAACUUUGUCAUGCAUGGCCCUCUCUGCCAGCAGCUCGUGCUUGUGGCCUGGUUCAGUGGCUUUGGCAACUCGCUCGUUCAGGUAGUCUUGAUGUUGUAGUUGCCUUUCUGUGGGCGGCAGGUGCUAAACAACUUCUUCUGUCAGGUGCCAGCUAUGAUCAAGCUACCGUGUGCUGACACAGCCAUGAAUGACACCACACUGGCUGUGCUGGUGACCUUCUUUGUGCUAGUCCCCCUAGCUCUCAUCCUGUUCUCCUACAGCUUCAUUGCCUGUGUGGUGCUCAAGAUCCAGUCCUCCAAGGCACAGCACAAGGCCUUUGGGACCUGUUCCUCUCACCUGGUGGUGGUCUCCCUCUUCUACCUUCCUGCCAUCUACAUGUACCUGCAGCCCCCUUCUAGCUAUUCCCAAGAGCAGGGCAAGUUCAUCUCCCUCUUCUACUCCAUAAUCACCCCCACCCUCAAUCCCUUCAUCUAUACCCUGAGGAAUAAUGUGAAGGGAGCUCUGAGAAGACUCCUGACAAGGGUCUGAAGGCUUUGCAGAAGAUGA